AUGGCGACCAUGUCCACCCCCGACGAUGUCUCCGGCGCCGGCGCGGAAAAGGGACCCGACAGCUAUAUCGAUCGCUCAGAGUCCAACAAUGGCACAAUGACAAUUGAGUCCCUUGAUCCUGCGGCAGAGAAGAAGCUUCUUUUCAAGCUGGACGCGUACUUUGUCCCAAUCAUCAUGAUCGUCUACCUAACAUGCUUCCUCGACCGCUCAAACAUCGGCAACGUCAGAGUCGCAGGCAUGCCCGGGGACAUUGGCGCCACGACACAAGAGUUCUCGACCGCCAUCUCCAUCUUCUACGCAACCUACGUCGUCUUCGAGCCGCCAUGGACCAUCAUGAUGAAGCGCAUCACCCCGCGCGUCCUCCUCACCGGCCUGUGCAUCAUCUGGUCCCUGGCCACCGUCUUCUCGGGCUUCAUCCACAACAUUGGCGGGCUCUACGCCGUGCGCCUCGUCCUCGGCAUGUGCGAGGCCGGCCUCUUCCCCGCCCUGAACCUGUACCUCACCAUGGUCUACAAGCGCGACGAGCAGGCCAAGCGGGUGUCGUACCUGUUUGUGUGUUCUGCCAUUGCGGGCGCCUUUGGCGGGUUGCUGGCGUAUGCUCUGCUAAAGAUGGAUGGUGUGGCCGGGUAUGCCGGUUGGCGCUGGGUUUUCAUCAUCGAGGGCGUCGUCAGUAUCUUGAUUGCGCCGAUUCUCUGGUUCGGCCUUCCGAAUGAUCCUUCCAAUGCUUACUUUCUCUCCGACGAGGAGAAGCGCAUGAUGAAGGUCCGGGCUGCGCAGCGUGCGCAGUACAUGGGAAGUGACGAGUUCAGCUGGGAGGAGAUCAAGAUUGAGCUCCGCGAUCCCAAGCUCUACCUCAGCGGCGCCAUCCAAUUCUGCCAAGACAUCCUCCUCUACGGCUUCAGCACCUUUCUCCCGUCUAUCAUCGUCAGCAUGGGCCGCACUAGCAUCGAAGCCCAAUACCUCAGCAUCCCCGUCUUCCUCUUUGGCGCCAUCGCCUUCCUGGCCACAGCCUACGUCUCGGACCGCAUCCUCGUCCGCGGGCCCCUCAUCUUCCUGGCCAACAUCCCGGGUAUUAUCGGCUACAUCCUCAUCAUCUGCCCGACCAGCAGCGGCGUGAAAUUCUUCGGCACCUUCCUAUGUGCCAUCGCCGUCUACAACGGGCCUGGCCUCAACCUGACGUGGCUCAACGUCAACGUCGCGCCGCAGUACCGCCGCGCUACGGCUAUCGGCAUGCAGCAGGCCAUUGGUAACUGUGCUGGUAUCGUCGCAGGCCAGAUUUACCGAAAGGCGCCGUAUCUUCUGGGUAACGCGUUCUCCGUGGGAGUGCUGGGUGUUGCGCAGCUUCUUAUCGUUGCCAAGUGGUUCUAUAUUCGCCGCUGCAAUGAGGUCAAGAGGAAAAUAGAGAGUGGGGAGAUGGAGGAUAGGAGAAAGGUCAAGACUGGUGAUUGGGAGUUGGAUUUCCACUACCACCUGUAG